CGACGUUUCGCCAGUGUUUUGAUUGUGCAACCUCGAGCAGAAGACGUGACUCUAACCCGGUCGAGAAAAUCCUUAUUUUAUCCUCUCUUUGAGCCUUUGGGAGUUAUUUAUCUCCCUUUUCAUCCUUCGGGGAUCAAGUUUCUGUUAUUUCGGCUGUGUUCGAGGGUCAAGAUGGCAGGAGAAGGUAGACAGAUGCCCAAGUUGGACCUGCAGAAGGACAUACCAAAGCUCAGCCAAGCACAGCUCGAUUACAUGAAGAUCGUUGAGAAUCAGAAUAUGCUGAGAGUCCAAAAGCUGGCACUGCAAAGACGGAACAACAUUGCCGUGGGCUGUCUCCUUGGCGCGGGUGUUCUAGGAAUUUAUGCGUACUCCAUCUACUCUGUCAAGCAAGAGAAAUUCCUGGACGAGUUGGAGUGACACUUAACCGCUUGCGAAACUAGAGCCAUGGGGUUGUACUUUCCAUUUCAGAGCACUUAGCGAGGCAGUGGUUGGUCAUUCUAUGUGGUCACUUGACUGUCUUUCUUUGGGGAAGAUGGAAAGGGAGUCGUGAUUUUGUUUUCUGUCGGCUAUUACAGAGAGCAAUGGAGUUAGUUUAUUUUCCUGCGGUUUUGCAAGGAGAAAUGUGGGUAUUAUAUUUUGGUCUUCAGUUUUCUCAAAAGUUAAAGGUCAACUUGAGUAUUUGAAUAUAGUAUACAGUGUACUCUUGUGCCUCUUUCAAUUCUGAAUUAUCAUUAAGAGAAAUGUAUUAAAUUAAUGCUAUCAGGGUUUCACAAUUAUAUUACAGGUACUUGCUAAUGGACUCUGUAACUGCUGACAGCAUUAUGUAAUAGUAUAGGUAUUUUCAGAAACUAUAUUUGUGUAUUACAGCUGCAUAUGUUAAUUAUAUUAAUUUGUAGAUGGUGGGCAACCACAUCGUUAAAUUAUGAAUAUGUGAUUGUAAAUAAACGUUUUUCUUAA